UCUUCCUCCCUCCCCCUGUCACGUCUCCACCUCGUUCUCUAUACCAGUCAGACUUUCACUCAAUCAGGCGUCAUAUCGCUGUGAUUUCCUUGUUUAUUGCAACAUCAGCAAAGGGGGCCCAUGUGACCGAGAUCAGUCAUGGAGGAACCGCAGCGAAUCGAUCUGACCUACAUCACUGAACGCAUCAUCACCAUUUUCUGCCCUGCUGGAUGUCCAGAGGAGAUCUACCUGCAGAACCUGCAGGAGAUUAUUCUCAUGCUGCAGUCCAAGCAUGGACACCACUACAUGAUCAUCAACCUCUCACAGAGAAACGAAACGCUCAUCCGAAUGAACCACAAGGUUUUGGACACAGGUUGGGUGGACCUCCUCGCUCCAGACCUGGAUCACAUCUUCAGUGUGUGCGCGACGAUGAAGAACUGGCUGCAAACACAUCCAAAGCACGUCCUGGUGUUACACUGCAGGGGAGGUAAAGGUCGGCUCGGAGUUCUGGUGGCUUCUUAUAUCCACUUCAGCAACACGUCAGCCAGUGCAGACCUUUCUCUCGACCACUUUGCCAUGAGGAGGUUCUACAAUGACAAACUGUCCGCUCUGAUGACGCCCUCGCAAAAACGGUAUGUGUGGAUGCUGGGGAGCAUGAUAAAGGGAGGCCUGAGGUUGUGGCCCUCUCCGUCUUUCCUCCUCUGUGUUGUUCUUCACGGUCUUCCCAAAAUAAGACCAGAUGGGGCAUGUUGUCUCUUCCUGAGAGUCUACCAGAGUCUACAAGCUGUUUGCACAUCAGCAGUCUACCAUGUUAAUGCAGCCCAGACAGACCGGCUCUACUUUGUGCUCCAGCCAGCACAGCUGCUCAAAGGGGACAUCAUGGUGGUUUGUUAUGAUAAAAACAGCCGGGCAGCCAGCCGUCAGGUCGUCUUCCGUCUCCAGUUUCAUACGGGCCUCGUGCACGGACACACCCUCACUUUCUUUAAGGCGGACCUCGACUGUGCCAGUGAAGAUUCCCGGUUCCCAGAAGAUGGAAAAGUGGAGCUGUUGCUUUCUGACGGCCCUGAAAAGAUAACAGGCAGAGAGCUGUGGCACAACGGACGCUGUGUGACGGUGGACUAUGACACCUUGGACCCUUUGGUCAGACGAGAUUCAUAUCAAGACACGUCUUCUCUUGAAACAGCUCCACUUCAUGUCCUGGACCCUGGAAAUGUCAGCUUGUAUGCCAGAGUGAGGAAGAAGAGUAGUGAGGAAGGGUCUUCGUUCCACCUGACCACCACCAGCAGCCCCAGCUGCAGCGACCGAGCUCCAUCUGCCAGCAGUGAUUCAGGCCUGUCUGUGGCCUCACAGGGGCGGACCGGAGCCGGACAGAGGAGAGGGGCUGCACGGGACAAGUGUACCCAGGCAGGGAGGCUGCUCCCUGGGGUGGACUUUGAGAUAGUUCAGCCUCUUCUGGAGGUCAUGACGGAGCUUGCUGCCGCCGGCAGAGGGGAGGGGGAGAUGACUGGAGACGAGUCUGGACUGGGACACACUAUCAAUGGAGAGGCUUCGUCCAGCGAGAGGGAAACUGAUAUAUUAGAUGAUGAGGACGAAGUAGAUGGUGAAACGGCUCCUGCUUCAGACCUGCCAAGCUCAAGCAGCGUCUGCUCCCUCUCCUCUGAGAACCUGCCUGAAACACAAAGAUCAGCCCACGCUGAGUACUCCACACACUCCUGGGUUCGGCAGCAGCAGAUGGUUGAGGUCGUAACUGAAACCUACCUUCAAGUUGAUAGGGAAGAGAAGUUGAACAAGGUGAGGAAAGAGAGGCCGCCGCCUCUGGUAGCUCCUCACACACCGCCUCGAGGACUCAGCAGCAGGGAAGCAGUGCAGAGAGGGCUGACGGACGAGGACGACACACACAACGUCACACAAAACACAGAUGUUACACACAACACUCAGUCCGUCAGUACUACACAAGAAGAGGAUAUGUCGUCGUUAAACACAGAAUUUGACGAGUCCUUAGAGCAGCUGAACCAGCUGAUUCUGGAUUUGGACCCAACCUUUGUUCCCGUUCCUACCCGCUGCGCACCCCUGUCUCGCUCCGCCUCCCUCCACACCAACGGCCUCAGCCACAAGGGAAAUACCCAUCUGUCAGGCUGGAAGCAGCAGAUGCAGAUCAGUGAUGUGACGGACUAUGGUGGUCUCCAUAGUCCAGGAUGGAGAGGAGGCAGUGCUCAGAGCUUCAGAGGCUCCCCAGCCUGCAGUCCCCCCUUCUCACCAUCUCAGCAUGGGCAUCUCUACAAAACCAACAGCGUGGACUAUCGGGGACAGACAGAUAGCUCUGACAUUGUCCCCACCACUCCGGCCUUCCCAGUGUGUCCUCCGACGCCCUACGUUAAAACUUUCUCAGAGUUUUCUCAGCUCAGGACUGGCGGGCAGUGGGACCAACACAGCUGGACACAAGAUUCCCGGAGUUUCCUGGACAGUAUGAACCAUGCUGGCGGCUCCACAGAGGGAGAGCUGUUCAGGUCAGAAGCGUCGGGCACUCCCGCUUCCUGUCAGAGGAUCUUUGGCUCCAUGUGCUCGAUGUCCUCAGACAGCGCCCUCCCUCACACAGACAGCUCCACUCCUCCUCCUGUGUGGCACGACCGGACUCCUAACUCCCUGAACUCCCCGUUUCCCCCCCAGCCCUCACCUCCUCUCUCCCUCAGCACUCCCAAUGCUCACAGCUCUCCCAGGGGGGCUCUGAGAAGCCUGGGUGAGGGUACGGGGGUCUGCAGGGAGACGGACAGCUUCGACUUGUCCUCGUUUUUGGGGAACGGCAGCCUGGAGCACAGCCUGCUGGAGGGCCUCGGGAGUCUGAACCUCGGGGGAGACGUGGGCCUCCCUCCGCUGCUGCCUGAGAAGAGGAGAGUGGGUGAGGGGGGAGAGCUCGGCUCCCGCUCCCCCUCUCUAAGCGGGUUUUCCAGCCCUCACAGUGGCAGCAGUCUCAGCAUCCCAUUCUCAUCCUCCAUGACCCCCGACCCUCUCAGAGGACUUAGUGGGGCCCCAUCACCUGGAGCAGACUUUGGCAGUAAGCAUGACAAUGUGAAGUUUGUUCAGGACACUUCCAAGUUCUGGUACAAGCCCGACAUAUCCAGAGACCAAGCCAUCACGGUGCUAAAGGACAAAGAGCCGGGCUCGUUCAUUGUCAGAGACAGCCAUUCAUUUCGCGGGGCGUAUGGGUUGGCUAUGAAGGUGGCCACACCUCCUCCGUCUGUGAUACAACAGAGUAAGAAAGCGGGGGACCUGUCCAAUGAGCUGGUGAGGCACUUCCUGAUAGAGUGCACGCAGAAAGGAGUUCGUCUCAAGGGCUGCCCCAACGAGCCGUACUUUGGAAGUCUCACAGCUCUGGUGUGUCAGCACUCCAUCACUCCUCUGGCUCUGCCCUGUAAACUCAUCCUGCCUAACAGAGACCCAGUGGAGGAGCUCAAUGACUCGUCUGCACAGACGGCGACAAACUCAGCAGCUGAGCUCCUCAAACAGGGAGCAGCGUGUAACGUGUGGUACCUGGGCUCUGUGGAGCUGGAGUCUCUGACGGGACAUCAGGCGGUUCAGAAGGCGGCCACGCUGACGCUCUCCAUGGACCCCCCUCCGGCGUCCACCGUCGUCCACUUCAAGGUGUCGGCACAGGGAAUCACGCUCACUGACAACCAGAGGAAGUUGUUCUUCAGGAGACACUACGCUGUCAACACUGUCAUCUUCUGUUCUCUGGACCCACAGGGCAGGAAAUGGACAAGAGGCAGCAGUUCUACUGCAAAGAUCUUUGGAUUCGUAGCCAGGAAAUCUCAGAGUGAGACUGAAAAUAUCUGCCACCUGUUUGCCGAACACGACCCCGAGCAGCCGGCGAGCGCCAUCGUCAACUUUGUCUCAAAAGUUAUGAUUGGGUCACAUAAGAAGUGAGGAGAAAGAGACUCACUGCAGAGUGAAGAGAAUGGACAGGAAAUCAACUUCCAACCCCAACUUCAUAUAAAUAUGAGUGUGUGGACCUAAAAAAAUAAACAAACUUUUCCUCCUAAGAGCCAAAAACAAUGAACUCCACACACUCCAGCGCCUGGUCCUGUUGGUCCAUCCUGCAGUAUAAACUUGUGUAUUUUGUACUGACUGCACUGCAGGAUAACGCCACCAGAGGGAGCCAAGACCGUGAUGUAUAAAGUUAAACUCAUCAGCAGGAGCCUGCCAUUACUUUAAGAUGCAUCUUUGGGAAUGUUUUAUAAAGUUUGUAUAAAAUCAUAGACACUUUUCCUCCAGAGGAUCUUGUAUGAAAAUCAUAUUUUGACUACUUUAUCCGACCUGUAUCUUCCAUUGUACUCUAAAUGUACUAUAUAAUAUUACACUGCUUGUUGCUGGCAGUCACAGCCGACAAAUACAACACAUUUACUUCUGAUUAAACCUGGAGAAUAUCUGAUAUUCUGCACAUAAACACACAUUAUAAGUAUGACUAUAAUUUCUAAAAGCUUUUCUUUUGGUAAAAAAUGUGUAAAUCAGAUUUCAACAUCACUUUAGAGCAAACCACAGGCCCAUUUUAUAUGUUAAAACAUAACCAACGAUACUGUCAUAUGACAAAGCCAGCAUUGUGGUCGCCUUGUACUUAAGAUGGAUUUAUUGUGUUGUGUUUAUAGUAUUUAUCCCUUUUUACAGAUGUGUAAAAGUCUUUUUCCUAAAUAUAUGUGCCAUAUAUUUUUGUAUAUUAACAUACUGUACAUUAGGUUUAAACGCAGUGAACCUCAGAAUUUAUAAAAUGAUGUCACAUAUUGUUGUAGUAUUUUACAUACUAGUAAGAUACUACAUAAGCUGCCCAUGUAUUACUAAUAUAGAUGUCAAUAUUUUCCUUUUACAGUAACUCCAAUACAAAUGUAUGUACAGUUGAUGUGCCAUGAAAAAUAUUAUUCAGAUUUUCACUCAAAUACAGUCACUGUGAGAAACUUU